GUCACUACUGAUCAUUCUUAUAGCAAUGCAACAGCGGUGGGGCUCGCGCGGAAAAUUUGUGAGGUCGUUUGCUUGGGAAAAAAACAGACAUUGAUAAAUGUAAGCCUGAGCAGAAAUACUGUAGCCGAGCGUGCAUCUGAACUUGCCACCAAUCUAAAAGAACAGCUGAUGAGAAAGGGAGAAGAUUUUGUUGCAUACUCACUUGCUGUGGACAAGAGCAGCGACACCUCCGAUACAGCCCAGCUGUCAAGUUUUAUUCGUGGAGUGGACUAGAAUCUUUGCGUUACAGGGGAACUUUUAGAACUAAAAUCCAUGCAUGGCACAACGACAGGAAAACACGUCUUUGAGGAGGUAUCCAAAUGUGUCGUGAAAUGAAGCUGCCUUGGGAUAAGCUUGUGGGACUGACCACUGAUGGAGCACCCGCAAUGUGUGGUCAAAAGAGUGGGUUGGUCGGCAGGAUGUGAGAGAAGAUGCGGGAAAAGCAGGCAGGCGAGCUUACAGUUUACCACUGCAUCAUACACCAAGAGGCCUUGUGUGGCAAAGCCUUGAAAAUGGAUCACAUUAUGAACACUGUAACGCAAAUAGUCAACUUCAUAGAAGCAAAAGGUUUGAAUCACCGUCAGUUCAAGUCUUUCCUAGGGGAGUUGGGUGCAGACCAUAGUGACAUGCCCCAUCACACAGAGGUGAGGUGGCUGAGCCGAGGAAAAGUUGCGAAGAGAUGUUUUGAGCUGCGUGAGGAAAUUUGUCUUUUCAUGGAAAGCAAAGGGAAAGACACAACAGAGCUCAGGGAUGAAAAGUUUCAAUGUGAGUUUGCAUUUCUAUGUGACAUCAUGAAUCAUCUCGACGCGCUCAAUCUGCAGCUUCAGGGGCGCGUGCACGUCAUCACAGACAUGUACAACGCCGUGAGGGCUUUUAGAACCAAGUUGGGCUUUUGGGAGAGUCAGAUGCAGCAGGGAAACCUGGCUCAUCUUUUGAGCUGCCAAGUCAUAAAAGAGCAGACCGCUACCGCCGUGAUGCCUUUUGCCCGACGAUUUGCCAACUUUGAAGCCCAAAAAUGUAGAUUUGAACUUUUUAGCAACCCCUUUGCAUUUGAUGUGAAUAACGCACCAAGCAAUCUCCAAAUGGAGCUUAUUGAGCUACAGUGUAAUAACACGUUCAAGUCAAAGUAUGACUCUGUCGGUGCUGCGCAAUUUCCACCUUGCCUCCCUGACACGCUGCCCGAACUCCGUGCCCAAGCUGCACAAAUGCUCUCUGUGUUCGGCAGCACAUAUCUGUGUGCAAGCAACUAUUUUCGUCAAUGAAAAUGAACGAAAUACCACAUAGGAGUCGUUCAUUCAUUCAGUCCUGAGGAUUUCCUCUGCGCAGAGCCUGACUCCAGAAAUUGAUGCACUUGCAUGUAAAAAGCAAUGCCAAGUAUCUUGCGUGGACCCAUGUGCAUCAUCAGAGUAAAUGGACAAUGAAAAAAACUAAACUGGAUAAAUAUUAUUUUAUUUACUGAAGGCAUGGUCUGUUCAAAGUGGAAAGAUAUUGUGUUAGGUGUUGGCCUUGAUGGCCUGUGAUGAAAAGAUUUAGGUGACAAUUAAA